UCACACAACUAAAAACCUAGUAACUGAACUGAAACUGCGUAUUGUGUGGAAUUCGUUCUGUUUAUCGAAAACUUGAAAAACAUUCAAGUCCAGACCUCCCAUUCAUCUAUUGCUCUGUUUCUUGUUUCUUCAAGCGCACCUCUUUCAAUUCAAAUGGAGUUUUGCCCUAUGUGCGGGAGCAUGCUGAUGCUUGAAUUACCAAAUGCUACGAGUCACGGCACAUCUCAUCCCACAAGGUUUUAUUGCCUCACUUGUCCAUAUAUUUGCCCAAUCAGGAAAGAGGUUAAGAUUAAGAGAAGGCAAAUGCUCGUCAGGAAAGGGAUUGACCCUAUUAUCUCCCAUGAUGAAAUCAACAAGAAUAAACCAAAAGCCGACAUACCAUGCCCAAAUUGUCGCCAUCCUCAAGCUAGUUAUCACAUGGAACAGACUCGAUCAGCUGAUGAACCUGCAACAAUAUUUUACAAGUGCAUGAAUCAAAAGUGUGAACACCAGUGGAAGGAGGGAUAAAGAUAUAGAAGAUUUUCAUGCUGUUUCUGAUUGGAAUUAUCUGACAGAUUAAUGCCUUUUUUUAAUUUUAUUUUACUUUAUGAAUUAAUUAAUUAAUAGUUACAAAAAUGACAUAGCUUUAUUAUGUGGUUGUUGCCACACAAUUUCCAAA